CGUCAAAGCCGCCCCCAGCAGACCAUGUUCAACCUCUCCCUGGCCCUGCUCAUGGCCUGGAUUGUCUUCCUGGCAGGCAUCAACCAAACGUCUUCCCACGCUGGAUGUAUUGUGGUGGCCGUCCUGCUGCAUUACCUCAUCCUGGCAUCUUUCAUGUGGAUGUUGAUGGAAGGAAUUUUACAGUACCUGCUCUUUGUUAAAGUUAUGAACAUAUACUUCCAUCGUUACUUGCUCAAAACUGCCUUACCUGCUUGGGGCCUUCCUGUUGUACCAGUGAUAAUUAUACUGAUUAUUGACAAGGAAUUAUACAAAGGAGGAAAUGAAUAUUGUUGGAUGUCUUUACCGGCAUUGUACUAUGGGUUUGCUAUCCCAAUUGGAAUCAUUAUCCUGACGAACAUUGUCUUUUUCAUCAUGGUGACUGUGAGCCUGUGUCGCAGGAGGGACAUGAGCAAACACUCAACCUCCAAGAGAAAUCAGACGGUGGUCAAUGUUAGAGCUUCCUUUAUCUGCUUUUGUGUGCUGGGCCUGUCCUGGAUAUUUGGCUUCCUGGCAAUAGCUGAUGCUCGUGUUGCUUUCCAGUACUUGUUUUGUAUUUUCAAUACACUCCAAGGUUUUAUAAUGUUCAUUAUGAUGACAGCUCGAGAUAGUAAUGUGAGAAAGUAUUGGUUAUCCAAGUUUUACAAACACCGCAAAAAAGAGAAAGAAAGAAAGACUGGAAAAAGCAACUCUGAGAAUACUAAUUUCUAUCCUAAAGCUGCUGCAACAAAUAAUACAGUCUCCAGUAAUUCAAAUUCAAAAAGCACAACUACAACAAUUUUUGAUGGAAUAGAUAAACAUUGAUCUGAUGCAGGAAUCAAUAAGCAUGAUCAAUUAUAGUAACCUCUUGGUUCUGUUGUAUAAAUAGAUGUCUUAUAAACACCACUCAUAAUUUACUGAAAAGAUAUGUUUUAUGUAGUUAAAAUAU